GUGGUAUUUUGGUAAGAUGGGCAGGAAGGAUGCAGAAAGGCUGCUUUUAAAUCCUGGGAACCAACGUGGUAUUUUCUUAGUAAGAGAGAGUGAAACCACUAAAGGUGCUUACUCCCUUUCCAUACGUGACUGGGAUGAGGUCAGAGGUGAUAAUGUGAAACACUACAAAAUCAGAAAACUUGACAACGGUGGAUACUAUAUCACAACUAGAGCACAAUUUGAAUCUCUACAGAAGUUGGUGAAACACUACAGAGAACAUGCCGAUGGACUGUGUCAUAAGCUAACAACUGUGUGUCCCACUGUGAAACCGCAAACACAGGGACUAGCAAAAGAUGCCUGGGAAAUUCCUAGGGAAUCUUUGAGGCUGGAAGUUAAGUUGGGCCAAGGAUGUUUUGGUGAAGUAUGGAUGGGAACAUGGAAUGGAACCACAAAAGUAGCGAUCAAGACACUAAAACCUGGUACAAUGAUGCCAGAAGCCUUCCUGCAGGAAGCUCAGAUCAUGAAGAAAUUACGACACGACAAGCUUGUUCCAUUAUAUGCAGUUGUUUCUGAGGAACCAAUCUACAUCGUCACUGAAUUCAUGACAAAAG